AUGAACAUAGCUGCAGCUACUUCUCUGGAAGGCUUUAUUUGCCCGGCAUGUUUGGUAGAUUUUCCGGGUGCCGUAAAACUACAAGACCACUGGUUGAAUUUUCAUGCGCCAAACACCUCAAGCGUGCGCGGAUCAAAGACUUCGAAUGAUUAUGAGGAAAUUCCCGAUGAUACUCCGUCAAAUUCUACAUCUCAGGUUUGUGUUUUUCACUAUUUGAUAUUUUCCGACUGCUUAUCGUUUGAGAUGAGCUUGUAUAUGGCGAUUCUACGCGGGUGUUUGUAUUCGCUUCGCAGCGGGUUUUGCUUUUAGAAGCUAGUCUCUUGCCCAAGGCGUUCGUUCAUUAGGGAAAAACAUUCAGGGAUAACUCAAUUUAAACGCUGUUUUGCGCUUUAACGUGAACAUCAGGAUGUUCUGCUGCAGUGAUAAUUCUAUAACAAAAUGUCAAUAAUAUUCUCAUUAUAUUUAUUCGCCGCCAUUUUGCUGAUAGUUUGAAAGUCGGUAAGGGGUCUCAGAAUUUGCAAGUCCUACGCGUGAAAAUAUGUAAGCGUAUUUGUCUAAGGAAAAUUAAAAUAAAAUUUAAAAAAAGACUUAACUAACUUUUAGCUGUACCUGAAGUAACUUACUAUCAUGUUGAAAUAAAUAUAAUUUUCUUUUUCGAUAACUGCCUCGUGUAUUCUAAUGAAAACUGGCUGGAAGGUUUCUUGAGCAAAAUAUUUUUUAUGAAAAUCGUCUGAAAUAUUUUGCAUCCGCGGCGCUGUGGUCACCCUUUCAAUACUAAGUUAACCCUCAAAGCUCAUAUAAGCAAAAAGCUGGAAUCUACCGAACUAUGUUAGGUCCACACAUAUUUGAUUAGGUAUUUUGUAAUACGAUUCUUUGAUCGAGUUUUUCUAAAGACCAUGCGCCUUCUCAGUGUUGCUUUGUAUCGAAUUAACUUUUUUUGAAAUCUAUUAAUCUGAUUCUUUCCUCGUAUUUGACCUUUUUAUUCCCGCUUCAGUUAAAUUAAAUUAACCCUCAAAUCACUUCAGGCAACAAAAUGCCUUAUUAGCAUAUGAAUGCCAAAUAUUUAUUUUGGUCUAGAAAUUUAACUGCUUUGUAGUCAAAAUAAUAAAACUGUGAAUGAUGAGUUAUUUAUAAACAAAUGUUGUUCUAUUUACUUUAAAACCUCAAUAUCUGGUCAUGGCAAAUAUUCUGUUGCAAAGAAUGACUUCUUAACAUGCCCUGUUACCUACUAAUGAAUUAGCUGAGAAGUGUUAAAUAAUCAAGCAAGUCUGUGUGUGAAAGAUUUUGUUUUAAAAUAGGCUUCUCAUAACUCUUUGAUUUGGUCAAAUAUGCCCCAUUUUUUUAUCUCCCCUUGUCCAUUCUUAACAAAGCAAGCCAUGUUUAAGCCAGGCAAUAUAUGCAAAAAAGAAAAAAUAUAUAUUUAAAAUUUAGGAGCAAGUAAAUAAUGAAGUGACAGUACUAGUCAUAGAGUGAAAAAUUGCUUUCCAAGGCUGAAAAUAACAGCUUAUCAAAUUAUGGACAUUGACCAGCCUGAUCACAGACUUGAGUGGCCAAACUUUUGUUUUCUUGGUCUUUUGACUGGUCAGUUUCAGGUUAAUACAAACAUUUUAAGUUUUCCUGUUCAUUGAUCUGUUUUGUGGUAUAACGCUGCAUUAAUAGCAAUAUUUUACUUGGUGGUUUAAACUAAACCCUUUGAGAAUUAAUUUCAUGUUGGCAUGCCCAGAAAGCAAGCAACAAACAAAGCGAAUUCAAACAAACUAGUCAAUAAGCAGCAUAAUAAUAAUAAUAUUGUGAAAUAACACACUGUACUUCUAAUACUGUCUGCCCUCUUUUAAGUGAAAUACAAUGCAAAUUCACCAAAGGUACUCCCUCGAGGAGCAGAAUUUUUUUGCAAGGGCUAUAAAAGUCAAGUAGUUUUUGCCUUCAUCUUGACAAAACUGCUAAUAAAAAUUGAUUAUAACAAAAAUUAAUUCAAUACAUCAUAACGUACACUUCCUCUCAAUGUUCAGUUGACAGCGCUGGCUCUUGAAAACACAAACCAUGAAAAACAGAAAAUGUGUUAAUAAAUCAGAACAAAAAUUGUUGAAUUUCAGAUGGUUCUGUUGUAUUUUUUUGUUGCAUGCUAGAGGUGUUACAAUGUAGAUGCAUGUGUGAUCAACAAACCAUUUCUGCUAAAUGGGUCAUGCACGUGAGGUUGCACAAGAGGUUAAAGCAUGCGCAAACAAGAAAUUUUGACCUUUACACUUAAAGAAAAAAUUCUUAUGAAACCUUUAAAACCCAAAAUUUGCAGUUCAUUGAGUACACGUACAUUGUAAGUAACUAAUCAUCGCCAAUUUGAAGAGUAGAUUCUGAGACACAGGAAACGUAGAAGAGUUAAGUUAUGGUGGUAAGUUACAUGUAUGACUACACUGAGCUCUGAAUGAAUUCUUAUGUAGCUACACUGUACUAAGAAGAAUGAAGUCCAGUGGAACACACUGACAUCUUUAAAAUCAAGUUAUCUAUUAAGCUUCAUAGUGUAUUUGCUCAAAUUAAGGGGGGAAAGUGAAUACUGUACAAUAUUAUCCAGCUUUAUGCAGAGCUAAAAUAUGUUUGGCCAGUCAUUGUGAAGUGAAUUAAGUGAAGUGACAACUUAAUAUUUAAAGAGGAUAAACACUUGGCAGUUUUGAUAUGAAAUAAUGAACUUGUGGCCCUUUUUGUCAAUUUUUGACUGUCAAGUUGUCAUCCUCUGUUUCAGCUUUUGUUAACCAUUCCAUAAAAUACUUUAUGUGCCCUUACUUUAAGGCUGGACAGCUUGUGUGAUGCUGUGUUAAUAAUUGCCUUGUGGCUGUCUGCUUUUAGGCCUUGAACGUGUCAUAAUAACCACUUGUUUUUCGACAUAGAUUAAGAGUUGUAAUAUUGUUACAGUAUCCUGACCUUGACAGUAUAGGAGUUGCUUACAACUCUGCUGGCUAAUAAUCAUGUGAAGAUUGAAUGUAGUCUCAGUAGUUUUAAAUAAAAGCUUCUGUUAAAUAGAUUUAUUUUUCUUCAUUUUUACCAUAAUUCCGCUAUCACUUUUGAGAAACUUUUGUUUUAUUCUAGUUUCAUCAUAAUGAAGAGAAAGAGAGAGGUUUAAUGGUUUUUGGAGCAAUUUUAUGGAAAAUUUUAUGUUUUACACUGUGAUCUUGUGUUUUUUUAAGACAUUACGAGAUUUUGGUGUUUUUCAAGUACUUUAUUGUAUUGGGACCUCAUUUAUUUCCUCCUUGAAAUGGUUACAUUUGCUGUCCAUAGUGUGAAAUGUCUCCAAAUGCCUUGAGACUUAACUGGCUGUUUUUUGACCAGUCCAUCAGUGUAAUAGCUUAUCUUAUAGGCAGCUUACUACUCAAGCCUUUAAGUCCCAACUUGGAGGAUUUGUCCAAUCACCACCCUUCCAUUUCUGACUCUGAUCACAAGACAUGUUAUGAAAUUAGCCCUUUCACCCCCAGUGUGAAUGACUUUUGAAAUCGAUGAUAUCCUGUGGUGUGACCUUUGAAUGAAACAUCUUUGGUGGCACUUUCACAUUGCACUAUUUCUUUUUAACCAUGAAAUUUGGAAAUGUUGUCGAUUAAUUUUUUUUAUUAUUUUGGUCACUAUUGAAACGGACCCAAUAAUAAAUUUAAAUAUUUCAAAACUGGUAACUCAGGUCCUUGCAAACAUUUUAAACUUAUAUAUGUUGUGGUUUAAUUUUAUCCUUGAGUUAUAAAAAAAAAAACAUUGUUUCAAACUCAUGACCAUGCCAUUAUCGUUCAUUACCAUACCUCAAAAAACAAAAGAAAAAUAAUAAAAUUUAAACCAUGGACCACAACAUUUACAUUUUUUACAACUUUGAUUUUUAAUGUUACUUUGUCAUUGUUCUCUGACUGUCAUUCUUGAAUUCUUAAAUUAAUCCUGUGCAACAGUGACUAGUUCAGUGACAUUUCACAUUGUUAAAAACUCUUGAAUCAAUUGUUGAUAAGUGUCACAUUGAUUUUGAAAUAUGGCUGGAAUUCAUGUUGUCAUUCCAGAAGGCUAUAAGGUUUCAUAUAGUAGGUUACUUUCAACAUGAAAUGAUCAUUAGCUAUAUACUGGAUUUUUUGCUCACUCAUAAACUGUUACAGAUAGUUGGUUUUGGUUAUAGUUUUGGUUACAAAUUAAUUGUGUUGAGAUUUGCAUUCAAGAGAAGAAAUUUAACAAUCCUGUGAGUAAGUUAAGAUUUAUAUGUUUUCGUGUGAUGCAGGUCGGCUUAAUUGUCUAAGCAUGUCUGAUCUUUAAGCACUUAGUUCAAUUCUAUGCAAGCGUCUGUACUUUUAUUGGAUUAACCCUUUCACUGCCAAAUGUAGCCAAACGCAAAUUUUGACCAAACUUCCAAAUUUCAUUUUCUAAAAUUUUGCAAAACAAAUAGCAUCAAGUAAAAGUACAGGCGGAAAGCUUUCAUUUGAAUGGUCACAUCACAGGAUUUGGUCCACAGACUCAAAAGUUAGAGCCACCUUAAAAAACUCCAUCAAGCACUCUGGCAGUGAAUCCAAAAGGUCAACACGUUGUGCCUUUCUCUGAGAGGUUGAUCGUUUUAAUUAAGUUUUGUUUGCUUGAUGAGCUUACAUGCAUUUUGUUUGCUUUUUAGGUUAACAGAAAUCAACGGCUAUGUGAUCAUGUCUUCAAGUCUGACCUCUUAGCUCUUCUAGAGCCAUGUGGUUUUUGUGGAAAAGAUAUUGAUGGGGAAGGAAAAAUAUGCAAAGGUAAAGCUCUAUGCUUUAAAUUAUACAGGCCCGCUACAAUCUGUCAGUUCUUCUUGUAAAAUUAUAGCUGAAUCCUUCGCUGUGAAGCCUUUUACAUAACAUGGUCACCUCUCUGUAUUCACUGAAUGCACUCUUUACCCCGUCCAAACUUUAAAUAUUAACUUGUAUGAUACGAAAACCUUGGAGAAGCAUACGCUUGUUUUCGGUCCAUUUGAUGUCUGCUUUGGGGAGAUCUCUCUGAUCCCCUAAUGUUAAAAGUAUAAAGUAAAAUGAUACUUAUACAUGUUUAUGUUAUAAGUUAAUUAAAGCAAAUAGAAGAAUUCAACAUAGCAGUCUAAUGUGUUGAUUAGAGAAUGACAUGCAUGCAUUACCUAUAAUAAGAUCUUGUGAAGCUUUAUUUAAAUACUGACAGAAAUAUGCACAAAUUUGAUCAAUUCUUUGACUUUUUUCACAUCUCCAACAAGACACCCUUUUGGCCCCCAAGUUUUGCAUGAGCCGACCAUUGUUUUCAAAUGCCCUCAGGAAUUUGCAGUUCUCCUAGGACCAUUUAAAAAGCAUUAGUUUAUGCCAAAUUUGAGGAGACAAGAGGGGACGGGGAGAUGGGGGCAAACAGAGUGUAUUUUGGGGAAUUCAAACAUAGAGAAUUAGAUUAAGUAAAUCUACUCGUUUACUGAUGUGGUUAUUUUUAAAUAUCAAUUUCAGUAUUAUGAUGUUGCUUAUUUUUCAGGUUGCAAUUACCAUUGUCACGACAAGUGUGAAAGAAUGGUAAGUAUAUCGUUAAUAUACAAGGAUGAGUUUUGUCCUAUUCAUUGUACUGUAUGUAAGGUACUUAGAAGAAGUCCACAAGUUUUCAGGGAUUCAUCUUGUCUCCUUGUAGCUUUGCAUUUGUUGCAUAUCACUACCCUAUUGUGUACUUGUAACAUUUCCAAUGUUAAUAUAUAGUUUUAGCCAAGGCCAAAAGCGAAGCUCUCGAAGGAUGCUUUAGGAAAUGGCCGUAAGCAGAAAGCAAACUAAAUUCUACCUUUAAAAAAAUUGACCUGCGCCCGCGAUCAAUUAAAAAGGAACAACUGGUCAGUAGAUAACUUUAAAAAAUUACAUCACUUCCAUGAGUUGUAUACCUGAGCCUGCGAUGCAGUCAUGUGACACUGGUUAGCAGAUACCCUUUUUUGACAGCUGUCAAUUGAUCACAACAUGGAUGUCCCAUACCAAGUUUUACACACCGGUAGUUUUAAAGUGUGCCAUUUCACAUCCGCUAACAUGAAGGGGUGGACGUACGUAUGUAUGUACUCCAUUCAGACGAUUUUCUCAGAACCAAAAUUUCUUGGAAGCAUAAAUUACCAUAUUUUCCUACCCAUGGUGCUCCACUGUGCGUCCCCGAGAGCUCUGCUAUAACCCUUCAGGUCCUAUCAAAGUUAACUGGCAAUUUCUCUGUAAUUGAACAUUUUACUGUUUGCGUUUUUUAAGGUCAAGGGGUUGUGCAACAGGCAGGGAUCAGUGAACUUAGCGCAGAAUAAAUCCAAGGUAACAUUAUCAUCAAUAUUUCAGUCAUUUGACUCCCCCAAAAAAUAAAAUAAAAGAAAUGGUGCUAGCUUUCCUCACUUGCAGCCAAUGGCUGAAUUGCGGAGGAACCAGAGAGGUGAGAUCGGACAUCAGCAUGUAAAGGCGCACUCUUGCAGCCACUUCAGUCCAUGUUUUGAUCACACCUCUCCCACUCAGACCAAUGACGGCACAAUUCAGAUAGACCAUGACAUCGGGGCUUACCUCCCCUACUCUUUUUGAACAAUGUCACAGGUUCUUUUAUGUCCCCUUCCAACGGAAGUACAGGAGAAGGUAUUCUGUUUUUAUAGUUGUGAUUGAAUUAAUAAGAAGCUAAUUCAGAGAGUCACAAAUAUCCAGGGGUUUUCAUUAAGAAUUCUAGUAGCAGGGGAAAGGUGUGACAUUACAGAAGAAUUCUCUGAAAGAGGCUCCAUGUCUGAAUAAAAAAUAGUCAUAGGCUACCGAACGUUAGCAGGAGAAAUGUGCAUAGUAAACUGAGAAUUCUCCGUUCUCUGAUGCCUAAUAAACACCCUGGCUAUCUACUGUUCAAAUGGUUUUUGUUUGUACAGUUAGAGGUUAUUUUCAACCAAGUCCACCAAGUCUGACUCUGGUCUCUUUGGGAUUUUCAUAUGGGACUGAUUGCUGGCCACAUAUAUCUUUGCUGUGCUGUGCAUGCACAAUAGCAACCGGAAGGCUAAAAUUAAUUUUCAUUGCUUGAUUAUCUUCUAGUUUGCCAUUUAGCUUAUUGGUAGCACAAUCCAGCAUGGGCUUUUUACUCGGUGCAUCAGUUAUUUCGGCAAACCAGUUGGGCAUUCCACCGCAGCUUGAUUUAUUAGUUUGUGUGUUUCUGAAGCAACCUUUGUUUAUAGCAGAAGGAUUAAAAAUGGUUUUCUUGUGUUUGCUGUAAUUUUUUAGUUGUUUUUUUUUUAAGGUUGAUUGAGUUUAUUUCAGUGUCAUGCUUGCUGUCACCUGAGAGUAUUCUUAUUUUUGUUCCUGUUCCUUUCACUUUUUCAGACAUUGCCCAAUGAUGAAAUUAGUAGAAAAACUGUAAGUAUUUUACCUAGAUGUGUACCAUUAAUAAAAAUGAACUUACACAUAAAUUCACCAGAUGGUGUGAAAAUUAAACAUUAAAAUGUAAUUAUUAUUUUGGUGCAUCGUAGCUGUCUCUUUGUUUAUAUUUCAGCGAGUUCCAUCUUCUCCCAAAAACCUUGUCACGAACAUCUGUCAUCACAUGCGACACAGAGUCUCAAGGUUGGUACAAAUUUGUCAUGUGCAGCCACAAUGUUGAUGUCAUCUGGGUAUCGGCAUUUAUUUGUGGACACUUACACGAGCGUGUAGAAGAACACAGAAAGAAAACAUCUUCAAUUUGUAAACACUACACUCACGAACACAAUGGUAUAAUACCUGAGCGACUUAUUGAGCAGUUUAGCGUCCUGGCUAAAUGCAGUAGCGAAUUUGAUUGCCUUGUUAAACAAAUGGUUUUAAUUAAGAACUUCACACCUUCACUAAAUGUGCAAUCCAGUUCCCUGCGGGCCAAAGUGUUCACUUAAUGAAAAUUAGUUUUUCUCGUCUCUUGCAUUUGCUCGAUUGUAAUAAUUUAUUAUUCCUAUCUCACUUGAUGACGGAGUCAUGAGGACCCCAAAAUGUUGAGUUAUUAAUCUUUCAUUUUUCUUAUUAGUUGCCUGUUUUAACAAAACUCUGCUUAAACAAACAAUGAUAAUGGUCUUUGUUUUUUCAUAUUACAGAAACAGAGUGCGGCAUGUGGAUGAACAUUUUGAUCUUGACUUGACAUACAUUACUGACAGGAUUAUUGGUAAGAUUGUUGUCGGGCUGUAUAAAUACCUGGACAACUUGACAAUCUACAUUGUAUAGUUUUUUUUUUUACAGCAUUGUCUAAGUCACCAGAGAAAAAAAAAAUUGGGACAAUAGUGUUAUAAUCUUGACAAUCUACAUUUUAUAGUUAUUUUUUUACAGCAUUGUCUAAGUCACCAGAGAAAUAACAUUUCAUUUUGACAAUAGUAAAUUAUUGAUAUGGUUAAAGAUGAUGAAACAAUACUGUGUUGUUGUUUUUUUUGGCAUCUUAACAGAAAAAUAUUUUCAUCUCUCAUUUUAUGUAGCAAUGUCAUUCCCUGCAUCUGGCCUUGAAACUACUUACCGAAAUAACCUCAGAGAGGUGGCAAAAUUGUUGCAAAAGAAUCACCAGGACAAAUAUAUGGUACAAUAUGCCUUCUAAUAUUACUAUCCUUCUAAUUUUCUUUAUGUGAGUAUUUACUGUUUGUUAAUAUUCUUCAAGGUGAUGACGUAGAGAUCCUUUCAUGAGUUACUUGGUUUGUGACAUGUAUAUAUUCCUUACUAGUUACUAAGUUCAUGUUCUUAUGCAGUUCAAUGUUUCAUUUUAGGUAUUUAAUUUAUCAGAGAGAAGAUAUGAUAUAUCAAAACUUAAUCACCAGGUCAGUAAUAAUAAUAAUAAUAGUAAUAAUAAUAAUAAUAAUAAUAAUAAUAAUAAUAAUAAUUUUUUCACUUGGAAGAUGUUACCAAAUGGUAUAGUUUUGCACGCAGUGUUCUCCCUAAAUUUUAGCUCAGCAGGUUGGGGAUCAUAAAGAGGCGGUAAGGCAAAAAAUAUGCACCACAGAGGUGCACUUUUCUGGAGGCAGGGGGGGAAGUGGAGUGCGGGACAUGACCCUGCCCUGAAUGGGAAAUUUAGGAGCCAAACGUGCUUCUUUAAUUUUCGCAAACCUAGGCCAUUGUAGGCGGUAAAAAGUGUUACUUUAGGCAGUAAAUUUUACCUGUUUCCGCCUGAUAGAGACUGAUUAUUUUGCCUUUAAUUUUUGUACAGGUCUUAGAUUUUGGUUGGCCUGAUCAUUUAGCCCCACCAUUAGAAAGACUGUGCAGGUAAGAUAAGAUCCUUUUUUUGCUUUUAUCACUGUAGUCCUUGGAAGUCUUUCUAUGCACUUAACUGCAUCUGUUGGAAGGAGUUUUGUUCUAUAUUUAGACUGUCAGUAGGCCUGCAAGCUGGUUGAGAUGUAGAAAUAAUAAUUAUUAGUGCAGUGGAAAUGUUUGGAAUAAUAGAUUGGGCUGAGUUGUUCAAAGCUGGGUUAGAUAACCCAGGGUCAGUGCGAGAAUUGAAUUCAGAUUUGAAAGCUUAAAAAGCAUUUCAGUUUUAAUUCUUCUUGUCUACAAGUUGAUGAUUGGAAGCUCUAAAAAUAACAGAGAAAAUUAUCCGAGAAAAUGCUUUUGAACAUUCAAAAAGGAAACCCAGGUUAAAUUUAACCCCGGGUUAAGCACUAAUCAGCCUUGGAACAACUGGGUCCUGCAUGUAAAUGAGGCCCAGUUCCUAGUGGGGUAUACAUGUUCAAAACCAGCUGUCACUUCACAUAGUUAAGAGGAAGCAAUGUCCCUGUCAGCAUUUUACUGUCUUUUUUUCUGCUUGUCUUCAUCGCUGUUGUGGUUUCAACCCAUUUUUGUGCCAUCUGUCACUUGUCGGGAUUUUUCCCUAACUGGGCCCGUUAGCAAAUGUGACAAUGAAAGUUAAUAGUUGAUCAUGAGGGUAGCUCCUGUACUUGGUUGGUAAUCAGAUGUGAUUGUCUAAGUUUCAUUUCAUUUCAUUUCAUUUAUUUUGCCAUUAACCAGAAAUACAACAACAGCAUACGGAAAUACAUUAAAGAUAGUAUACAAUAUUUGCAACUAAAUCAUUUAGAAGAUCAAAUGUGGUAAAGGCAAGGAAGCCUAUAUAGAAGCCGGGGGCUUAUAAACUAUAGGCUUCCUGGAACUACGAGUAUAGGGUAAACCAUACAAGUUAAGGGUACUGAAUGAAAAUUGGAGGAAGUUGGUAUCAUAUUAUAGUUUUAACCAAAAAUUCCCUCUUGUUUUCUUGAGCAUUGUUACCCUGCGAACAGAGUCUCCUUCGAUCUUCCUAGAUAAGUCGGGAAGAGGAAGGAACCUCUGCCGACAUCCUCGACAAUUCAUAUUGAGCAUGCUCCAAAUUCAAAUUUUUCUCCGACGUCAAUCAAACUGUUACCGUAGCAUGCACUGUAUGUGUCAGCGAAUGUAAAUGUUAGCGUUCGUUUUCACCCUUCCAUAGCUGUGUUUCCUCUGGAUUUGGAACCUCUAAAAGUGAACAUUCAAUCUAUGAUUUUCUCAAAAUUCCCGCAUGAAAUUGAAGCAGCAGCUAUUUGUUUUUCUAUGGAGCGUGGGUGCAGAAAGAGUCAGUAAAAUUCCAGAAUAUGCGUGCGUGCACAGAUAAAACUGGUUUAUCCAGUAUAAAACUUGUCUGACCCAUCCAAAAAGCUGGAUGAUCGGCAGAUCAAAGGAACUUGAAGAUGUCGGCAGAGUCGCUUCCUCUUUCCCGACUUAUCUAGGAAAGAUCGAAGCGACUCUGCUAGCGGGGUAGAGCAUUGUUAAAAUACUUUUAAAAUUUGAUCUAAUCUAUCUUGCAGUAUCAUUAAAUCUAUUGAUUCGUGGCUCAAGAGCGAUCCUGCCCAUGUGGUAGUUGUCCAUUGUAAGGUAAUGGUG